ACACUGUUCGACUGACAAAUAAUAAGAAGAAGACUGUGUGGUGAAAUUCACGAAGGGGAAAAGUGGUGAAUUUAGUGACAAUUCAACUGUCAAUUCUCAUCGCGAAAAUUUUUCAAGUGGCCAGCAAAAAAAGUGAAAAUUCCUCCGGAAAACCUUGAGAAAAAUUCCUCCAGAUACCCAUGAUAGGUCAUCCAACGUCCCAGCUGUCCGGACACAUCAAAAAACCCCAAGUCAGUGCCCCAAGAGAGCCCCAAUUUGGGCAACAAUGUGUCGUGGGGGUUUGAUGUCGAAAAAAGUGUGAAAAAGUUGCUCCCAAUUCUCGCGUGUUUUUGUGCCGUGAAAGCCCCACAUUUUCCAAGAGAAACACCGAGUGCGGUGGCCACGAGAGAUGGGCGUAUGCCUGUGCAAGGAUAAAAACAGUGAGGCACACGAAGAGUCCGUGGACACCAGCGAUGUUGCCGUCGAUGGAAGGACCUGCCACAAACAUUCUCUCUCAGAAACUGUGGAUCGUCUCAUCCGGGAGACCCUGGAUGUCAUCAGAGAAAUUGUCGAGAAUGAGCCCGAGCCUCCGGCAUCGAUGAUGCAACUGCACGAUAUCACCGAACGACCUUCGGGAUGGUUGCAAUUGGUCAAGAGUCUGAUAAAUGUGGUGCCCCUUGAGCAUCCCAUGGGACCAAAUGUCAUCCUGCUGCUGCUGGAUGACAGUCCCUUGCCCACGAAGGAGUCUAUGCUCCAGACAGCCGAGAUGAUUCCCCAAUUUUCACAUGGGAAGACAUUUGCUCGGCGAAAUAGGAAUUUCUGUGUUAUUUUGGGAUGUCUGGCUGAUAGAUUGGCCGGACCCAAUAGUGUGUCCAUUCUCUCAGAUAAUAUUCUCAAGUAUUUGCUGGGGAAUCUGGAGGAGGGUACAAAUCCCGAUGUCAUGCUCUUUUCGCUGAUAGCUCUGGAGAAACUCGCCCAGACGAGUGAGAAUAAGGCAACGAUUAAGCAUAGUUUGAAAUUAUUGGGAAAUAAUCCGUUGAUGAUGCUGGAGAAACAUGUCAAUUCCACGGAUUUCCUCAUGCGUCAGGUGGGCUUCUGUGCCAGAUGGUGCCUGGACAAUUAUUUUACCCUGGACACAAGACUCUAUUCUUACGAAACUGUUGACCUGGCACAGGUGAAUGUCAUGCUGAACACAAAGGAUGUCAGUGAGUAUCUCAAGAUUUCACCGGAUGGCCUAGAAGCCCGUUGCGAUGCUUACUCUUUUGAGAGUGUCCGGUGUACUUUUCAAGUGCACGCAGGCUGUUGGUACUACGAAGUGACCAUCAUUACGCCUGGAGUCAUGCAAAUUGGCUGGGCCACGAAGGAAUCCAAAUUCCUGAGUCGAGAAGGUUAUGGGAUUGGCGAUGAUCCCCGUUCGAUGGCAUUCGAUGGAUGUAGGCAAUUGAUCUGGUACAAUGCCCAGUCAAUUCCUCAUGAAUUCCCCCGGUGGAAGGCUGGUUCGAUACUGGGAUGCCUUCUGGAUCUGGACAAUCAGGAGAUUGUCUUCAGUUUGGAUGGGGUUGAGAGUAAGGUGUUCAAGCAGGUGUUUAGGAGUGUCAAGGAGGGCUUCUUUGCAGCAGCCUCAUUUAUGUCCUUCCAACAGUGCCGAUUCAAUUUUGGCGCCACGCCAUUCCGGUAUCCGCCCAAAAGGCGUUCCGGCGUCAAGAAUUUCAAUGAUUUCGCCCAACUCAGUCCACACGACAAGAUUGUUCUUCCGCGGCACAUCUUCCUGGACCAACUGAGGCGGCUCAGUGUCAAAGAGGACUCGUGCUCUCUGUGCGUGGACGAAAAGGCCACCAUGCAGAUUGAACCGUGCAAACACAGGGGAUUCUGCUCGAAAUGCGUCACUCAAUUGCGAUACUGUCCAAUGUGCAGAGGUGAAAUACUCGAUACAAUUCAAGAGACAUCUUCAGAAGGUGCUUAGCAGUGGAAGAGGUUCUAGCCAAGGAAUUCACCUUGGAUGGAAAAGUCCUUUUCUCUGCGGUGUCUUAAAAAGAGUGGAAAAAAGCCGACAGAAUGUGCGGAAAAAAUGUAAAUAGAUUUUCUCUUUGCGUUAUUUUUUCUCUUUUUUUUACUUUUUUUUUAAAGUAUAUUCUUGGUCUAAGUGAAUUAACACGAAGGUUGAAGUUUAGAAGGGGAUAGAGGGAUAUACAGAGUUAAUUAAUUAUGGAAUAAUUUGGGAUGUAAUGGGAGGGGAGAAUUUUUAAUGAUUAAAGUAAAAAUGAAAUUGAAAUGAAACCAAAAUUAACAACGUUGAUUUAAGAAGAUAAAUAAGAUAAGAAAAUCAGGCGUUUUUUUUCUUUUUCUAGGUAGGAAUAUUUAAAUAUUUUUCUGUUUUUUUUUUCAAGUAUUUUUUUUUUGGUAUACACAACGCUUUAUGUAUUAUAAACACUCGUAAAUGUAUAUUUAUAAAAAAAAUUAAAGAAAAAGAAUUUCUAAUGGAGCAAAAAAA